UCGCAGCCUUCACGCAAGCCGAGCCGAGGGCCACAAGCCGGCCAGGCGCUGCGCUUCUUCUUCGUCCUCCUCUUCCGGCGCUGGUGCUCUCCUCCUCCUCACGCGGAACGGCGGAACCCAAAAGCCGCCGCAGCCACGCACGACGACGGUACAUGGUGGUGCUUUUAGAUUACCUAUGCUAGUUUGCCUCUUUCUAUAUCUCCAAAAUGGUGAAGCUGACAAUGAUAGCACGUGUCACUGAUGGCCUUCCACUGUCGGAGGGACUAGAUGAUGGUCGGGAUCUGAAGGAUGCUGAUUUCUACAAGCAGCAAGCAAAACAAUUGUUCAAGAACUUGUCAAAAGGGCAGCAUGAAGCAUCGAGAAUGUCAAUCGAGACUGGACCAUACCUUUUCCACUACAUCAUUGAAGGCCGUGUGUGCUAUUUGACACUGUGUGACCGUUCUUAUCCCAAGAAACUUGCAUUCCAGUAUCUCGAAGAUCUCAAAAAUGAAUUUGAGAGGGUCAAUGGCAGCCAAAUUGAAACUGCUGCAAGGCCAUAUGCAUUUAUUAAAUUCGAUGCAUUCAUACAGAAGACCAAGAAACUGUAUUUGGAUACCAGAACACAAAGGAACCUUGCCAAGCUGAAUGAUGAGCUCUACGAGGUGCACCAGAUUAUGACUCGCAAUGUUCAAGAAGUUCUUGGUGUUGGUGAAAAACUAGACCAGGUGAGCGAAAUGUCCAGUAGGUUGACCUCUGAUACUAGAAUCUAUGCGGAGAAGGCGAAAGAUCUCAAUCGCCAGGCCUUGAUUCGUAAGUAUGCCCCUGUUGCCAUUGUGAUUGGGAUAGUACUGAUGCUCUUUUGGGUGAAGAACAAGAUAUGGUGACUUGGUGUAUCUCAGACCUCCUGAGUUACAAUGCUGGAACGUGGUGCUGAGUUAUCUCGGUGCAACCAUAUGUUGAUUCUGGCUCAACAGAUGCUUCGAUGGCUUAUCCCGCAUCUGCCGAUUCAAGCGAGUAUUUUAGCUGCCAAAAGCAAACCCGUUGUAGUAUACACCCUAGAUAUGGACCUGGUCUUAAUGUUGAAUUCUCGGAACAGGCGCGUUCCUAUUAACUGGAUCUGCGUAGUAGUCUUAUGUUUUUUUUGCAAGCGCACCGUGUACAAGGUUUGAGGCUGCUGAACGGAUAGACUUGAGUAUUUCACUUACCAUACUGUAUGCAAAACUAAACAUGUUCAGACUUGCUGGUGGAGCCUGGAGGCAGGCCAUUUCCA